GGGGGUUUCUGUAAUUUGACCAUACCUCAGGGGUUGGUUGUAAUUUACCCUUAAUUUUUGUUAUUUUAUUCCUAUAAAGAAAUUGUCUUUUGAAGUAAGCAUCUCAAUCAUGCAACUACUAAACAAAUCUUUAAAUUAUUAAUUCAUGGAAUAUUAAUUUAAUUUCUUCAGUAAUUCAAAAAAUAAAAUGAAAAUAGAGAGAGACAAAAGCAACUCAAAAGAAAUCUUCAAAUAAAACCCAUUCAAAUUAACAAAACUAAACUCUCUCUCUUCUCUCUCUCUCUACACCAAUUCUUGAAUUCCUGUGAAGCUACUCCACCCCUUACAUAAAUAGAAGAAAAACUAACUACACAGACUGCAAACAAAAACAUACGCAUACAUACACAAACAAGUUUCAAGAAAAUGAUGGGUAGCGGCGAUGUGGAGAGAGGGAAAUCGGCAAAGAACAGAAACAACCAGGGCUACUACGCGGCAACAGGUGGCACGUACGGCGAAGAGUAUUCCGACAGCCAGUGGACUUCUUGGCUUGUGCCCAUGAUUGUUGUCGCGAAUGUCCUCAUGUUUGUUUUGAUCAUGUUCGUCAACGAUUGUCCCAAGAAUAUUAAUAAUUAUAAUAGUAUGCUUCGAGGUGGUAAUAAUGGUGGUUGUGUGGCUAAGUUUCUUGGGAGGUUCUCUUUUCAGCCGGUUAGAGAAAACCCUCUGUUCGGCCCUUCUUCUUCUGCAUUGGAAAAACUAGGAGCACUCCAAUGGAACAAAAUCGUGCACAAACACCAAGCAUGGAGGCUCGUAUCUUGUAUCUGGCUGCACGCUGGUGUUAUUCACUUACUUGCAAACAUGAUAAGCUUGGUGUUUAUCGGAGUUCGUCUCGAGCAACAAUUUGGAUUCGUACGAGUCGGGGUUAUUUACUUAUUGUCGGGAAUCGGUGGAAGCGUACUAUCUGCCCUAUUUAUUCAGAGUAGUAUCUCUGUUGGAGCUUCUGGUGCUCUCUUUGGACUUCUUGGAGCAAUGUUAGCCGAGUUAUUUACCAACUGGACAAUUUAUACAAAUAAGGUGGCAGCUCUGUUUACUCUAAUUGUGAUAAUUGCAAUUAACUUGGCCGUUGGAAUUCUUCCACACGUAGACAACUUCGCACACAUUGGAGGUUUCGUAAGUGGGUUUUUACUCGGCUUCGCAUUACUAAUCCGACCCCAGUACGGUUGGUCGGGAAGCCAAAAUCGCCCAUCCGAUACUCGACUCAAGUCCAAGUACAUGGCCCACCAACUCAUUUUAUGGAUUACCGCAACUAUUUUGUUUAUCGCUGGAUUAACGGUGGGAUUGGUGAUGCUGUUUAAGGGAGAAAAUGGGAAUGAUAAAUGUGGGUGGUGCCACUAUAUCAGCUGUGUGCCUACAUCAAGAUGGAGCUGUGAUAACUAACAAUUGAGUGUGCUUCCAUUUGUUCUAUUUUUUUAUUUUUUUUUGUUUUUUUUUUUACAGAAGUAUUGUUGUUUAUAUUAAAUAUGUAUAGCCAUUCAUAUGUUUUUCUUGUUUAUAUCCUAUGUUGAUAAAGGCUCUGCAGAUCUUGUUUGUAUUGAACAUAUUUCCGAUAUAAUGCCGAUAAAUUUGUAUUGAACAUAUUUCAGAUCUUGUUCGGAAUCGGCAGAAUUUAGAA